GGCGUUGAUGAUGUCACUGGAGAACCACUUAUACAGAGAGAUGAUGACAAGGUUUGUUUUCCAUACGCAGUACAGUUUAUAUAUUUCACUUCAUUAAGGCUUAUAUUUUAUAUGGAUCUUACAUUGACUGUAGUCUGGUAAUGUAUUAAUGCAGUUCAAUCUUAUGAACAAACUUAAGACAAUUUCACGUGUAUUGGUGGGUUUAUACAAGCAUUACAAGGCAGCAAAUGGUGAUCAUCCUCAAAAAUGUUGACACUAAAUCACGAACAACCAAAUUAAUCUCCGAAGGGUUUUGUAGAUAGAAAUUGCGAGUGUAAAUUUUAUAUAUUUAUUAGAGCUUACAGGAGCAAACUUUUGGAUGUCCUGAUAUUUACCCAUACACCUUGUUACAUUGGCGUCACCUUUGUAUAUAUACAUGAACUUGCGGUUAGUUCUCGACAACUGGCCUCAGUUGGUUAGAGCGCUGCACCGGAAUCGUAGGUUCGAUUCCUGCCACAGGGAACCAGAGGGCCUAUAGUUGUAUUUUUCGCAACUGCUCCUUGUUGCGCCUAAUAAGUGUAUAAAAUUUACACUCCAAAUUUCCAUCUACAAAACCACAGAAUACUACAGACACUACACAGAAGUCCAUCUCCAUUGUUUUUUGCGUAAGCGUUAUUCGUCAUGAUUCGUCACUCAGCAAGUACCGUAAACAGAAGCAGUCACCCCCUGGACGUGCGCCAUUUUUAGUAUUUCCAGGGGGGACUGCUUCUGUUUAUGGUAUUUGCUGAGUGACGAAUAAUUACGAAUAGAGCUUACGCUAAAAACAAUGGAGAUGGACUUCUGUGUAGUAUUCUGUGACAAAACCCUUCUACAAUUAGUUAUAUCGAGUGAGAUCCCCAAAAUCCUGAUAUUUCCCAAAUUAAACUCCAUAAAUCAUCAUAUUUAUUUCAAAUACAAGACUACAACGCAAAGAAUUAACAUUUUUCCUCACCAGGUCGACCACCAUCUGCUGUUGCAUGCUGCAGUACCAUAGUUUGCUUCUGAAAAGCACUGGGCCCUAUAAUGCGGUUUUGUUAAUUUUUAGCCUGAGACUGUUGAUGCAAGGUUGAAUAUCUUCCAGUCUCAAAUGGCUCCAGUACUUAAAUUUUAUAGGUACGUGUGUGGAAAAUAGGUAAAAAAAAAUUUAAAUUAAUCUUUUAAUUCGUCCUUGGGGAAUUGUUCCAGUUAUUAAGGGGCUGAUGAGAACCUCCCUAUCACUCGUGCAGCCUCCUUCAUUGCGUCUCAACUUCCAACCCCGUCUUAAAACUGGCAGUUACGCAGGCUAUCACUUGGCUUGACCUAGCCUGCUGAAGCGUUAUGCAAUGCCCCCAUGAUUUAACGUCCUUGCAAAAACGUCCUCCUUUCUCUAUUUCAAUCGUGGCGUAUUGCUUCAAAAUGUUCUGGAAGCAAAACUGGUACAACACGAUUGAAAUGGAAAACUGGCUUCAGUUAGUUGAUGCUAUAAUAGGUGAUGUAACUGAUGUAUGAUGUGUAAAGUUAUCUCAGUGACUGCAUGCACCUCGUCUCAUGCAUCUGAUGGGUGUUACCAGUACAGUAUAUGCAAUUUUCUGGUUUCUCACUCAAAUGCCACAGCUCAAAUGCCACCCUGAGUAAAUUGGAAUCAACUCAUGUUCUCUCUGUAUGUUGUAGUGAGCAAGAGAUCCUACAUACAUUUCCUGGCACAGAGUCUGAUGUUAUAUAUCCAGAAGUGAAAGAGUUUUUGAAGAAAGUGUUACAAUAG